GUUUUAGUUGCGUUCAAACGCUUUAGUCUGUAAGUUAACACGGCGGCCGAGAAAAUCGUACAGAUCGUAUAUUAUAUCGUAUGGCGGUGCUCAAAGCCUAGAUGUUAACUCUUCGGUGGAUCGUCGCCGAAUGCGAGCAACUUUUGAGAUCGGUUCACAAAAGACCAUAAAAAAGUGGGAGAGACCCCGAAAGCACUCCAAUUCUCUCGAGUCUCAAUCUCUAACUCCCUCUCUCUGCGAAAGCGGAAAGAAAGUGAAUUGAGUGGAGAUCUAACUGGGUGAUUACUUAAUCCGCGACCAGGCAUCGAACCCAGGUCUCUUAAAAAAUUCACUUUGGAAGGCGAAAAAUUAAUGACUUAAAGUUAAAGACCCCCAACCCCGCCCCCUUCGAUCUUCGUUGACAGUUGGGCGGAGAAAACCGAAAAGUAUUUGAAUAUUAAAACUAGAUCCGAUCCGCGAGAUACAAAACAUUUCCCCCGAAUAACAUUUUUGAUAAUUUAGAAAGCGAAGCUGCAUACCAAAUAAGCAAGAGAUUUGAAACCUGCGAAAGACCAACAUCGUUCAGUUGGCUUUCAGUUACAGCUCGAGAUCGGAGGUUAUUAUACCAUACCAUCCCAUCCAUAACUUGCUUUCGCCCCGGUUUUCGGUUUCCCAAAGAGAUCUCCCGAAAGUGCACUUGCAACUUUUACACUUUUACACUUGGUGUCUAAAGAUAUUCGCGUGAAAAAGUACAAAAACGGUGAUAAUGUUACGCCCCACGAUUAUCGUAGUGCUCAUCUCGUUGGCCAGUGUCGAUUCCGGUCAUAAUACACCCGUUAACACAAAAGUACCGGCAAUGGGACACAUAAGUAAUAUUCCCAAUGGUUUCCAUCUCAAUCAAAACCCACACACCGAAGGGAAUGCGAGUGACAGCAAUAUUAUGGCCAAUAUCGGAGGAGGUGGAGGAAAUAGUGGCCGUGAUAAGAGAGGCGCCCAACUGGAUCAGAGCGAGAUAGCCCGCCAGAAUCAGAUAACGCAGCAGAUAUUUGCCAAUUACUUGGAGCGCCGGCUGUUUCCCAAUCGAACAGCUAACCAAAAGAUACCCACCAUUGCGGAUAUCCUGCCCAAGCCGAAACCAUCGCCCAGGCCGCGUCCUCGAGGAUUUUCGGCCAGUGAUGGAGGAAAUUUUAAGAGGAGCGGUGGUGGCACCCAAAGGAAUCGUCUGGCAGCUGCCUCCGCCAAAAGACAAUCCACUUACAAUCGUAAGCGAUUAAGGGAGGAGGAAGAGGAGGAGCAGGAGCAGGAUCAGGAUCAGGAUCUGGAUCGGGAUCAGCAGCCGCAGGCCAACCAGGAGGACUUCGACUACGAUGUGCAGGAAUCACUGCAGAGCGUGGAGUCGGAGCAGCAUGAUCAGUAUGUGGGCAACAUUUUCCAUCGGGAUCCCAGCGAAAAUGAAGUCGAUAAUGACUGCCCCAACUGCGUGGACGAGUCGCAAUACACGCCGAACAAAUGGACGAUGCCGCUGCUGAAACUCGGGGAGAAGCGCUACUACCUCGGCAUCUUCUUCAAGGCAAACUGGUUCAAAGCCACACAAUAUUGCCGGUACCAUGGCAUGCAUCUGGCCAGCAUUUCAUCACAGGAAGAGAACGAUAGACUGGAGAAGCACAUACGUGACUUUGGCCUGGGCCACGAACAUUUCUGGAUUUCCGGCACGGACCUGGCCGACGAGGGCAACUUCUUCUGGAUGGCCACCGGUCGACCCAUCACAUUCACCAACUGGAACGCCGGGGAGCCCAACAAUUUCCGGUACGAGAACGGCGAGGAGGAGAACUGUUUGGAGCUGUGGAACCGCGAUGGCAAGGGCCUCAAGUGGAACGACUCGCCCUGCAGCUUCGAGACCUACUUUGUCUGCGAAGUGCAGCCCAAUUAAAGGGGGAAGGGAUAUCUAUUUAUCCAUGGAUCCAAGGAUUCAUAACCCUAAUCCAUAUGCGAUCAAGUGAUUAACUAGUUGGGCUUAAAUUGGCGUUAACUGGCGGUUAAGUGAAGGUGAAUGUGAAUGUCGAACACUCACAGCUGAAACGAUCUAAAUUCGCGUAUUCUUAGCUUAGUUGCGUAAGUGUAAAAAAAUUCUUGUUGAUAAUUAGCUAGUAAACCUAAUUAAAUUAUGCCUAGGAUUGCCUGUAUUUUCUCAUGUAAAAUAUAAAUAAAAUGUAUCAUACAAAAGA